CAAGACAAUCAUUAAUAUGAUUUCUUUCUGAAAAAGACAUGUAUUAUUCCAUAAAAUGGAUUAUUCAUACAGUUCACACUAACCAAUCCUGAGCUCUAGUUUCCUUUCUGAGUUCUCUAGUGCUAUAUAUGACAUGAAGUUGUAGUAAUUUUGCAGUGAAGGAAGAUGGAAUACUGCAAACUCCAGAUAGUGGCUAUUGUAUCACUGGUGCUUCUCUUCCCAGUCAUUGAUGCUUGGGGACAUGAUGGGCAUUACAUAGUUUGUAGCAUUGCUCAGUCUCGCUUGAACAAAGGAGCUGCUGAGAUAGUGGAAGAACUGCUUCCAAAAUCUGCACAGAAUGACUUAGGGAGUGUGUGUAUAUGGGCAGAUCAGAUCAAGUUUCAUUAUCCCUGGUCAAGACCCCUUCACUUUGUAAAUACCCCUGAUGUUUGCAAUUACAAGUUCUCGAGGGAUUGCAAGGAUGAAAAUGGAAGGGAAGGGAGGUGUGUUGCAGGAGCAAUUCAAAAUUACACCAGCCAGUUGAUAGAUUCCAGCAGCAAAGAUAACCUUACUGAAGCACUCCUGUUUUUCUCUCAUUUUUUGGGUGAUAUUCAUCAGCCUCUACACUGCGGUUUUGCUUCAGACAAGGGAGGCAAUACAAUUGAAGUUCACUGGUACACAAGGAAGCAAAAUCUUCACCAUAUAUGGGAUGACAACAUUAUAGAGACAGCACAAGAAAGGUUCUAUAGUUCAAAUUUGGCAGACCAGAUUGAUGCAAUUCAAAAAAAUAUUACGACUGGCUGGGCCGAUCAAGUUAAGAGCUGGGAGAGCUGCAGUUAUACUGAUACAACAUGUGCAGACGUAUAUGCCUCUGAAAGCAUUGAAGCAGCCUGUGACUGGGCAUACAAAGAUGCGACUGAAGGUUCAGUUUUAGAAGAUGAAUAUUUUCUCUCCCGGUUACCAGUAGUCAAUAAGCGGUUGGCUCAAGCUGGAGUUCGGUUGGCAGCCAUUCUCAACCAUUACUUUAAGUGAUAAUACUUAUUUCUUCUAUAGUGUAUGCUGAAGCUUUAGACCAUACAUGUCGAUCAGUAUCAAUAAAAUACAUGGUUCUAGUCAUUGCUUUUGAAUGUAUAAAACAAGAUACUUCUAGUAAUCUAGCACUCUUUUUCUUUGUGAAAUUAGUGUUCCACCUUGCUACUCAAAUUAUAUCAAUUGAUUAAAUUAAAGGCCGCUUUCUGAUAUUGCUCCACA